UUCGUUCUCCAUGGCAACCGUCAUCCCGUAGGCCGCGGCGCCGGUGCAUGGGCCGCCAUGGCAGAGCUAGGCCUUAAUGAGCACCACCAGAAUGAAGUCAUCAACUACAUGCGCUUUGCUCGUUUCAAGCGCAGCCUGUGUCUCAAAACGGUGGAUUCUUGUUUUCAGAACCUUAAGGACAGCAGACUUGUUGAGGAGACCUUCACAGUUGAUGAGGUGGCAGACAUGCUGGAUGGACUGCAGACUAUUGUACACAGUGAAGUGGAGUCAGAGCUCAUAAAUACAACUUACACCAAUGUGUUAGUUCUGCGGCAAAUCUUUUCGCAGGCUGAGAAGUGGUACCUGAAGUUACAGACAGACGUCUCUGAACUGGAGAAUCGAGAAUUGUUGGAGCAGGUUGCUGAGUUUGAAAAGUCAGAAUGUGUAUCUUCGAACAAGAAGCCCAGCACAGACCUCAUUAGACCAAAACUGGCUCCAUUAAAUGAAGGUGGGACAGAGCUGCUAAACAAGACAGUUGCUUCUCUCCAAGAAGAAAAUGAAAAAUUGAAGACCAGACUCAAGACCAUAGAAACACAGGCUACAGCUGCACUCGACGAGAAGACCAAGCUAGAGAAGUUACUGAAGGAUACACAGAUGAUCCAAGGUGAUCAAAAGACUAAUGCAAACCAGGAUAUUGCUGAGCUGGAGAAUAAAGUGGCAGCUUUGAAAAGCCAGUUUGAGAAGACUUUGAGUGACUCUACUGCAAACCAAAAGUUCUUGGAAGAGGAUUUGGUGACAACAAAGCAUGACUUGCUGAAGGUUCGGGAUCAGCUAUCCACAGCUGAAAAGGAACUGGAGAAGAAAUUUCAGCAAACAGCUGCCUAUCGCAACAUGAAAGAGAUUCUCACUAAGAAGAAUGAACAGAUAAAGGAGCUACGUAAAAAGCUUUCCAAAUACGAGCCAGAUGACUGAAACACAGGAACCAUCUCAUCUCUCAGAGACUGCCAUAGAAAGAAAAUUAGACUGAUACUAUUUUUCAGUGAUUUUGGGAUUGAAUAGUAUAUUUUUUGCUUCUAGUGCUUCAAAUAACUUUGUAUUAAUCCCUUACUUCCUUGUAAACGUUUGAUUUACAGGUUUCUAUAACAUGAGUAGUUCCUCUGCUCAUGUUGUUCACCAUUGACAUUCCUUGAGAAAUAGCAAAGAGGAGCUUACUGAAGAACUGAGAUCAUUCCCUACAAAGAAAGUUUAUUUUUGUUAAGAAAAGGAGAAAAAGGGAGAAAAAAAAAGAGGCAUUAGGGUUUCUUGCUGUUUGAGGUAGAAACUCCAGUUACUUGUCUGUAGUUAAUGUAGCCACAAAGAGGCAUUAUCUGUGCAAAUUCCAACAGUGGAAGUAAAAAGUAGGAGGAAAAAAUAGAACGUGCUGAUGGUCAGUAACAUUUUGCUAGAGGAUGUUCAUAAGAUAGUGAGGUAAAUACGCUUUCUAAUGGAAACACUGGGCCCUUUCAAAUAGAGACACUAACUGAAGUUAGGCUUUUCCACUUGAAUUUAUUUGAAACAAAUAUGGACAUCAAAAGGCAGGUUCUGAUUUUGCCAGUAUUAACACUAAGAUGAUAAUCUGAAACACAUGGGAAGGUUGCUAAUGGAGCAGCUUUCUUGGGAAAUAGGUUAUUUUAGAUGCCUUCAUCUCCUUUCUUAAUGUCACCUCACCAGAAAACAG